AUGGCGCUAUCUUGGCUACGCCAGACAAGUCUUGCAGGCAAGGUCCCCUGCCAGUCGACGGCUUCUUGCCCAGCCGCCCCGGGGACUAUCCCCUUGCUGCAUGGCACCCCCGGUCGCCGAGAGAUUCCUGAGCCGCCCUUGACGAAUCAGCACCCUACAAACCACCUGUUGGUUAUGUAG